UUAAGUACCAAGAAUCAGGCGCCCGCCGUUACUCGUUUUGCUUCUCUUUCCCCUAUCCGAGCGAAGCCAAUGGCGCAAGCGGGUGAAGUGAUCAUAAAUCCCUCGCCAGCCACGACGGCGGAGCCGGAACAGCAAAUACCAGAGAGAUCGGCAGUGAAGCGUGGUCGCGACAGCGACGGCGGCGAUCUGGGGGGCGGCGAUGGCGAAGAGGCGAGGUCGCCGAAGCGUCUGAAGGGUCAGGACGUGUUGUUCAGGAUCGUGGUGCCGUCGAGGCAGAUCGGGAAGGUUAUUGGUAGGGUAGGGUCGAGGAUCCAGAAGAUUAGAGAAGAGACCAGGGCCACUAUUAAGAUCGCCGAUGCUAUCGCUCGACAUGAAGAGCGUGUGAUCAUUAUAAGCUCUAAAGACAAUGAUAACACGAUAUCUGAUGCUGAGAAUGCACUCUUUCAAAUAACAAGUGUCAUUCUUAAGGAAGAUGACAGCAAUAUCGAGGCAUUAAAAGUGGGUGCAGGGCAUGUUGCAGCUAAUACAAUAAGGCUUUUGAUUGCUGGUUCUCAAGCAGGUGGUUUGAUUGGGGUGUCUGGUCAAAACAUUGAGAAACUAAGAAAUUCCUCUGGUGCCACAAUCACUGUUCUUGCUCAAAACCAGUUGCCUCUAUGCGCAUCUGCCCAUGAUUCUGAUCGUGUUGUGCAGAUAUCAGGUGAUGUACCUGCUGUACUGAAAGCUGUGCAGGAGAUAGGUUGCCAAUUAAGGGAAAACCCACCCCGACAGAUAAUUUCCAUAAGCCCUACGUACAACCUUAGCAUAAAUCGAACAGCUCAACAAUAUCUGGAUCCAAAUUCAGCUGAUUAUGUAACCUUCGAGAUGGUGAUUUCGGAAACACUGGUUGGUGGGUUGAUCGGCAGGUGUGGCUCCAACAUAUCAAGGAUAAGAAAUGAAUCAGGGGCAACAAUCAAGGUCUAUGGUGGCAAAGGAGAGCAGAAACUUAGGCAAAUCCACUUUGGCGGCAGUGCCCAGCAGGUAGCAUUGGCAAAGCAAAGGGUUGAUGAAUACAUAUAUUCUCAGUUGAUACAACAAGCUGGUCCUCAACAGGCAGCAGGGAUGCUCCAUGCAUUUGGUCCAUUGCAAAGUUAAUGUAGAUGUUUUGGCCUCCACUUGCAGAGAUUAUGAAGCUGGAACAUUAGCAGCUUAUGCUCCUGUCUUCUCAUCUGCCACCUCAGAAUCAACUCCUGCUCAUCCAUGUAUGGCCGUCCAUGCUCCAUCAGCCUAUUAUCAAUGUCAACCAUAUGGUUAGAAGGUUUUUGGUAUUUGUUUCACUUGUGUAAUUUAUUUGGAAAAUUGCUGGAUUUGGAUAUUGCUGUUUGAAAAAAUAUAGGUGACUUGAGAUCUCAUCACCGGCUUUUAAUUGACCUAUGGUUAAAUUCCACCCUUCAUUUUUUUCA